AAUUUUGAGUGGAUUAGCCGAGUCUUCAAGAUGGCGGCGCUCGAUGAGCUCGAACAACUGGAGCGUGUGUUCCUGCGGCUCGGCCUGGCGGAGACAGAUGACCAGCUGCAGGCCACGGUGUCCAAGUUCCUGUCGCCUGUGCUGCUCAAGCUGUCCAGUACACAGGAGGGGGUCCGCAAAAAGGUAAUGGAGCUACUGGUGCACUUGAACAAACGACUGAAGAGCCGACCCAAGAUUCAGCUGCCAGUGGAGUCCCUCUUACUGCAGUACCAGGACCCGUCAGCAGUCUCCUUUGUUACUAAUUUUACAAUAAUCUACAUCAAGAUGGGCUACCCCCGGCUGCCCAUGGACAAACAGGUGGACCUGUUACCCUCCCUGCUGCAGUGUCUGGAGGACAAGCCUCAGCCGCAUCAGGAUAGCCUGUUGCAGCUGAUGAUGCCAGUCCUAAACCAUCUGAAGAUGCCAGAGGACCCAGAGCGCAGGAAGGCCAUGUUCAGGCUCAGUGAGAAACCCAAGACUGCACAGAUCAUGCUGGAGUUCAUGAUGGACAUGUUGCUCCUACCCUAUGUGGUAUUACCCCCAGGGGGUGCCCCAGCAGCAGAGGGUGCAGAGGGAGGCAGGCCACAGUCAGCCCCUGCCAACACAUCGGGUGGAACUCCCCCCGGCAUGAGCCAGGCCUCCGUCAAGAGGGUGACAGGAGACAAACAGUGGAAACCUGAGGAACUAGAAGAGGUUAAAGUGGGGAUAAUAAAGUUCUUGGGAGCAGACAUCUUUGCUGAUGAAGAGAUUAUCCCACAUUUACUGGUGGGCAUGUCAGACACAAGACACGGGGUUGCAACUGCUGCUGAUUAUGAGUUCAGGAGGAAACAAAGUGGUAUAGACUGGAACAACACUGCACUAAUCACCAGGCUGUAUAAACUGUUCCUCGGUUAUACCGCUGAGAAGCCUACCAAAAAGGGUGCCCCCACCAUCCGACCGGAGCUGCGGCGAGAACCUGCUGGCACCAGAGUGAGGCUGAAAGUCUUCCCGUAUUACCUACGAUCCCGCGAGGCGGCGGAACACUUCCCAGGCAACCUGCAGAUCAUAUUUGAAUGCCUGUAUGGAGUCCACACCAAUGCCAAACUGAGACAGAUGACCCUGCAAUUCAUACAUUACAUCUGUUCAUGUGCCUCUGAUGCCAAGAUCCAACCGUUAGGUCAGCUGGUCCUAAAUGCACUGCAGAAGCUCAUUGGGGAAGGAAAGGAGGAUGCAAAGUUGCGCAGCCUGGCUUAUGUUGCCAUAGGAAAACUUGCAAACCGUCUGCCUCAUCUGUUCUCCAAGGAUAUCGGCAUGGUGCAGAAGUUCUUUGAUGCUGUCAGUAAGGAGGAUCAGGACACCAGACUAGCUAUCCAGGAGGCCCUGUCCCUCAUGGCUACAGCCUACAAGAACCUGGACGACAGCUCUGCACGGCUCAUGGAGGCUCUCAUCCUCAGCAAUGUGGAGAAGCCGGAAGCCCCAGCCCGUCUGGCCGCGGUUCACUAUGCCAGCACGGUGUUCCCAUCCAAUCACGUCCCAUCAAGAUACGUGCUGCUGCUGGCUUGUGGUGACAGUAAAGAAGAGAUCCAUUCGGAGGCUACCAAGGCCCUUAGAGGCUCUCCCCAGGCUAACAGUCAAGGUGCUCAGGAUGAAGCUGCACCUAAAACCUUACCAGGCUUCAAGGAGAUGGUCACGUACAUCAACGAAAAGGCCACACAGAGAAUGAAGAGCCAAGCUAAGUACUCAGUUGGGGCUAAUGCCAUUCCCUUCAACCCUGGAGCAUUUACAGAGACUGUGCUGUACAUGCGUAGAUGCCUGGCCACAGACUCAGGAGUGGCUAUUCCAGCAGAUGACGACACCCCCUCCCCCGAGGGAGCACCUGCUAUUGCCAAGUAUGUAGAGACCCUACUGGAGGAGUCCGGCAACAGCAACAAGGGUCCGGUGCACCUGUACAUGAACCUGAUCAAACAGCUGCUGACAGCUGUGGGAGGAGCUGGCCCGCUGUACUGCCUGUUGGAGAUUGUGGCCGUGUGUCCCAACAAACUUGCCAAACAGUUCACAGGCAAACUGGACUGGAUCAAGGGUCUAAUGCACCACAGCCGUGAUGAAAUCAGAGAGCACGCCUCCCAGCUGUAUGGACUGGUCGCCUGUACCCUCGGCACUGGCAAGUUCAACAACGCCAUCAAGGAACUUACCAAGAACCUCCACGACCAGUCGCCCGAGGUGCAGCAUGGGUCAGUGCUGGGGCUGGGUUAUGCCAUAGGCCGACAUCUGUACAUCAAAAGGACUCAGGUUACAGUGGAAGAUCUGGAGGAAGAGAAGGACCAUGGAGCAGCCACUGGUAACAUCUCUGACAUGGAAGUGGCAGCAGUCAAGGCUAUAGUUGAGAUGCUGGACAACCCCAGCAGCCUGUUGGCUUCAGCAGCCUGCACUGCCCUGGGGGAGAUCGCCAGGAACGGGCCACUACCACUGCCCACGGGAGGGGUGGGCAAAGGCAAGGGGAAGAACCCCAACCCCUGCACCAAACUGGCCAUUGUGGAUAAACUAGUGGCAAGAGUCAAGUCAAGCAAGGACUCCAAUAAGCUAAAAGAACGUCUGUGCCAGACCCUGGGUUACCUGCCGGUGGGAGACCCUGACUUCCAGCACCAGAGAGCUGUGCUACAGGGCCUGCUGGAGGCUGCUGAGGUAAGAGCACCAGAGCUCCACUUCACCGUGGGUGAGGCGCUGGCGUGUGCGGCCCUGGGCCCCCGGUCUGGAGCAGGCAGGGACAUGUGGACUGAGGAGGAUAAAGAAUACCGCACGGAGGCUGGGGCAGGGAGAGGGAAGGAUGAAAUGGCGUGGAUGGUGGGGAUCGUCUUGGAGAAGUACAGUCGGGACCAGAAGCCUUGGAUCAGACAGUCUGCAGGUAUCUGGCUGCUUUCUCUGGUUAAGAAGGCAGGAGAACACCAAGUUAUACAGGGUCGUCUGAAAGAAAUCCAGAACAUCUUCUUGAACCUACUAUCUGAGCCUGAUGACCUGACCCAGGACGUGGGGUCCAAAGGCCUGGGGCUGGUGUAUGAGCGAGGAGGCAGUGGGCACAGGGAUGAACUGGUGGCACUGCUGGUGGAUACUCUCAUGUCUGGGAGAAGAUCUGCCCAACAUGUGACAGGAGAGACAACAGUGUUCCAGGCUGGAGAACUGGGAAGAACACCUGGCGGGGAGACCAUGUCCACCUAUAAGGAACUGUGUUCACUGGCCAGCGACCUAAACCAGCCUGACCUCAUCUACAAGUUCAUGAACUUGGCCAACCACAAUGCCAUGUGGAACUCCAAGAAGGGAGCUGCGUUUGGCUUCAGCACCAUCGCGCUGCAGGCAGGUGAACAGUUGACCCCAUACCUGCCCAAAAUCAUCCCCCGGCUCUACCGCUACCAGUUCGACCCCAACCCCAACAUUCGCCAGUCCAUGACCAGCAUCUGGAGCGCUCUGGUGCCCGAGACAAGGAAAACUAUUGACAAAUACAUUAAGGAGAUUCUGGACGACCUCCAGACCAACUUGACAAACAGUCAGUGGAGAGUCAGGGAGUCCAGCUGCAUGGCCCUGAAUGACCUCCUGAGAGGCAGACAGUUGGAGGAAGCCAUCAUAGAGGCCUUGCCAGCACUCUGGGAGACUUGCCUUAAAGUUAGGGAUGAUAUAAAGGAAUCUGUGCGGAAUGCUGCUGAGAAAGCCUGCCAAGGACUGAUGAGGACCUCUAUAAAGGUGUGUGACCCGUCGGCUGGUAAGCUGGGUGAGAAGGCAGUGGAGCUGGUCCUGCCGUGUCUGAUGAAGACAGGACUGGGCAGCAGUGUCAAGGAGGUCAGGGCUAUCAGCCUGAUGACGAUUCUGAAGAUCAGUCAGAACGCAGGGAAGUUGCUGAAGCCUCACAUCGCAGUGCUAGUGCCAGCUCUGCUGGAGGCCCUGAGUGGGCUGGAGCCCCAGGCUCUCAACUACCUCAGCUUCCAUGUUGGGGGAGGGGCGUCCCAGGCUGAGAAGCUUGACAGUGCCAGAAUAGCUGCUUCAAAAGCUUCUCCUAUGAUGGAAGUUGCCAACUUGUGUGUGCAGUAUGUGGAUGGUGGUGUGCUGCCAGAUCUUGUUCCCAGGCUGACGGAGCUGAUCCGCAGCGGGGUCGGCGUGGCAACCAAGGCGGGAUGUUCCAAUUUCAUCAUCUCCCUGACUGUGCAGUGUUCACACGAGCUGCAGCCUCAUGCUGGUAAGCUGCUGUCUGCCCUGCUGUCAGGUCUGAAUGACAGGAACACAGCUGUCAGGAAGAACUAUGCUGCUGCUAUAGGUCAUCUUGUCAAGUCUGCCAAGGAUAGCAGUGUGGAAAAAUUAAUAGCAAAACUCAAGACAUGGUACCUGGAGAAAGAAGAGUCCAGCAUUAGACAGGCAUGUGGGCUGACCCUACAGGCCAUAGCCAGGCACAACCCUGACAUCCUGAAGAGACAUGCCACACAGGUGCUGCCGCUAGCUUUCCUGGCCAUGCACGAAAAAAGGGACAAAGAUACGGGUGGAGAGACAGAACAGGGCCAGUCAGUCUGGGAAGAAGUGUGGCUAGACUCCAUACCAGGUACGGAGAGUGGUAUAAAGUUAUACCUGAAGGAGAUAAUAGAGUUAGUUCGGCCUGCCCUGGAUGCGCAGUCCUGGCACACCAAGGCCCAGGCAGCCAGCGCCAUGAACACCGUGGCCACCAAACUGGGGCCCAACCUGGGCCCUCCCCACCUGGGCACCAUGCUGAAGGCACUGGUGGGGGGGCUGGCGGGUAGGACAUGGAAGGGGAAGGAGGAACUACUCAAAGCAAUAACGUCUGUCUGCAUACAGUGCAAAACUUCUCUAGCAAAUCCACAAGAAGGAACAACAAACCAACCCUCAGUUGAAGAGGUUGUUGAGGCUGUGUUAAAGGAAAGCAGGAAGGAAAAGUUGGAGUAUAAGAAAGAGGCCAUCAGAUGCCUGUCAGCCACCCUGGAGACCUACAGCCUGGAUAGAUUCAAACAGAUUAGUGAUAUCUUGUUCCCACUCCUCAGAAAGAGCACAGAUGGAAAUGGGAACAAAGAAGCUGAUGAAGAUGAGAUAGAGAAACACAGUCCUGGACUGAUGGAGGACUUCCUCAUCACUUCUUAUGAAGGACUGGGCAAGGCUUGGCCACAAGAAAAACAAACACAAGCGGAGUACCAAGAGCAGUUUGGAGCUCUCCUGUGUACAGCCCUGACCAGCAGUACAUGGAAGGUGCAGUGUGCUGUACUCAAGGCAACGGCAUGUUACAUAGAUAGAUUGUGGAUGCUACAAGAUGGUGUUACAUUAACCAAUGAGGACACAACAACCCUCAGCAAGUUUGUGGAACAACUCAUACCCCCUCUGUGCCAAUGUCUAGAAAACACAAAGUACACCACCAUCAGAUUAGAGGCCAGUAGUGUUGCUUCUAAGCUGCUAAAAACAUUGUCUGGUCCAGACAAGGAUUCCAUAUUGCCUCCCGACUCUCUCAGCUGCUUGCAGAAGUCUGCAGAAAAACUGGGGAAGGACUCAGUCCCCGAGCUGCAGGACAGGGCUGCAGAGAUGAAGAGAUUACUGCAGCCCUCCUCCUGAGCUUUCAGGCUCAUUUUAGGACGACAUUCGUCCCUCUUUUUUUCUUACUGUGCUCAUUUGUAGAUUUUUUUAUCCCUUGGUUUAAUAUAUGAUGAUAUUAUAACUAGAGUAAUGGGAGGUUGGUACGCAUAACCAUGCCAAGCACCCUGCCCUCCCUUGAAAUAGGAUUCUACUGUAUGUGCAAAAUGAUACUACAAAAGCUAAAUCAAUUGCAGUUCACUUAAAGAGUUCACAAAUAUAUUACCAGUGACACAGUAGUAGGCAUUUUAAGUGCAUGUCGAUGGUAAACAAUGUAGAUAGAGUUUAAUUCAUAGUUUGAAGUUGUGAUAACAAAUGGCCGUCCUAAGCUUAUCACAAGUUCUAGACUUCUGCCUUGCCCUCUCAAUAUGAGAAGCAUGUAUGUUGGCUAUUCAGUCAAACAGUGAUGUUGAAAUACAGGAAAUUUUUUUCCUAGCUGAAAAUCUUAUUGUGAUUCUUAUUCAUUACUUCAUAAAAAAAACAGGAUUUGGUCUGUGUGUAAUGUUGUGUUACACCUAAUUUCACAGUAGCUUAGCAUUUUACUUUCAUCCUUUACCAUUUAAGUUCAAAUUGAGCACACUAGAGUUGUUCAACACAUUUGCUUUGUGUAAGCAACCAAAAGCAUUUUGAAGAAAAUUUUUCAAGUGCAAUACUGUCUAUGCAGGCCAGAUAGAUGCUUCCUGUAUGUAUGUUAUGAUGCUAUCAUUGCACUGUAUACAUGUAGCUAUGUUGUAUUUCAAUUGUCAUGUACACACAUGUUGUGUUAUCAUUGCUUAUAUUACACAUUGGUACAUGUAUUAACAAUGAUUGGCAAAGAAACAAUUUUAACUAUCACAAAAUUGUGAUAGAAUAAUCCAACUUAGUGGAGGGAAUAAAAUGUUAAAGGCUUUGAUGUAAUAUAAACAAUUCACCAAAUGUUUUAAAGACUAGCCCUGCAAACAGUGGUGGGCAUGAUUUUGAUGCAUCCCUAAGGGAGAGCUAUAUUUCGUUGUGACAAAUGGAUUUUGCUUCUGCUGUCUUCCAUUGACAAAGACUAGAUCGGCCUGACAAAAGAUACUGUAGAAUUCUGUCUUAGAGCUGCUACAGUUAUACUGAAGAACCUACACCUCCUUUACAUUUGUCAAACAUCUAAGAUAUCCUCCAAGAAGAUUAUGAUGGAACCUGAAGUACAAUUGCUCUCUUUGGCAUUCCUAGAAGCCAGGGUCUCCUUCAAUGCUUUAAAGUUAACAUUUCGUUGGUAAGUGUGGUAGUUUGAUUUGAACUCGUAGCCCUUCUAAUAAGAGGGAAGAAAUAUGAUUAAAGAAAUGAAUUUGAUUUUGGGUAGAUUCUUCUAGAUAAUUGGCUUUGUGCUGUUUUGCCAUUGUAGAUAGAUUUUAAGAUGCUUUCAUUACAAGUAAGGCAUGCUAUUGUUGCCACAAAGGAAAGACUUGUUGAUGAACUUGUAUGACCCUGUUGUAAAACAGGGCUGAAGAUUUGCCUGAGUUGAUUGCAUGAAGUUUGACAUGUACACCUAGCAACUUGUUGAUACAGUGUCACUGUACUGAGAAGAUAUAUAGAUAACAACUAUUGCUGCAACUGUGCACUGAGGACAUAUUACCAAUAAAGAAAUUGAAUUUUACACA